AACUAACUCAACUCAUCCUACGCACAUCCGUUCAUGACAAGAAAGAACCCCAACUCUUUCUACACCUCAACAACAACCCUCCCUAUCGCAUCCGUCACAACCCAGCCGCAGUUUUUCGUUGCUCCUUUGUCGUCGCCCCCUCCUAUCUUCCUCCAACGGUCGGGAUCUCGCACGUUCCAACUCAGCCUCUAGCAACACUUCGCACGCCGACACACGACCUCCAGGCUUCGCCGACUAGCUCACCAACUCGACAUCCACGAUCUCGGAGUACCACCUUUCUUCCAGUAAUAACCCCCCCGCCUUCUCGGCGGCCAUGGCGGCUCAGCCCUCAGUGGAAGCUCAGCUCAACCAGCUUGGGGAAGCGCGCAAUCUGGUGCUGCGGGACCCCGGGUUUUGGCCGCAGGUGUUACACGGCACACUUCCCAUAAUCACUGGACCUAUCGUCGAAGUGCGCCGAUGGGGCGCCGACUUUCUGGCCGAGACUUUCUCGACUCCGGUGGUCGAUGCGCGUGCCAAACAGGAACUGGCGAUCGCUUGCUUAGAUACUUUGUUGAGACUGUCCAACGAGACGGAAACUGGUAUCUUGAAGAGCGUGGUGCAGUGUAGUGCUUCCGUAUAUCCCAUAAUAUUCCGCCACAUAUGCACCAACCGCAAUGACGCAGACACAUGGAACAAGAUGAUUGCUAUCAAAUCGAAAAUCCUGAGCUUGUGGGAUGUGGCCCCGAUCGGUGUGCGCAUAUGCUGCAUAAAAUUCGUCCAGCGCGUUAUCCUGGUACAGUCGCGGGGCAUCACCGACCCUAGGCUCGUGGAUCGCUCAGAAACGAAUCUGGCUACGGUGCCUGCCAAUCAUCCCCUCCUUUCGUUGCCGUCACUCGAUGCUGAAGCCCAGGGACUGCUGGACCGCCUUCUGAGCAUACUGCACGAGGACCUAAGUGAACCAACUCUCAUCACCGCCACCCUGAAUAAUCUGGCCGUUCUGGUGAAAACUAGACCGCCGCUGGCACAAAAGGUUAUCGGCGCGGUGUUAGGCUUCAACCCAUUCUCGAAGAUGCCCCGUACCGUUACGGUCCAUGAUCGUCUCAUGGCCAUUUCGAUGGAGAAAACCGUGCGGAUAAUGCUCCUGAAUGUUGUGAGAAGCAACCCACAAACCCCUUUCACUGGAAGGAUCACACAACACGUUGCGAGGCUCGCACAAGCAAAGGCGGAAUUGAACGACUCGUUUUCACGAAAGCGAGCAGCCGCCUCCCAACAAGAAGCCGACGCAAAACGACAGAAGAUGAUCGGCAUCCAGUCUUCUUCCACUCCUACAGCCACUCCACCUCCGCCGGCUGCCCCCGUCCCUUUUCAGCCGAUGCAGUCUGGCGAGGUCACCUAUGCGAAGCUCUUCACUCUUGCUACUGAUCCGGCAAUGACAUCUUUCGAUGGCCAGCAGCUACCAAUAGAUCUGGUGCUGCAGAUUGUCAUCGGAAGCAUGUAUUCAGUGGAUCAGAACAAGCUCGAGGCAGCUAUCGCGGAGAUUAAGAGCCGGUACGCCGUGGUCCUGGCCAACCAGCCUCCGCCGUCGGCAUCCAUGCUCAUAGCUCCAACCGCCCCUCGGUCUCAGGUAGCUGGUGGUGGGCCUUCAAACCAGACGGAGCUUACUCUCGCCAAGCUCGAAAAGAAGGAGGAAGACGACGAAGACGACGAGAUCCAACUGCAGCUGGGCGAGUUCAAGCUCCCACCGCCGCCACGUAUCACCGCCGAGCAAGCGCACAGAGCCUCUCUCGAAUCAAUGGACAGAAUGUUCCUCCUGAUCGAUGAGUUCGAGAAGACCUCCCUGAUCUCGCGUAAGAGCAAGCUGGGAAUCAAUCGACUAGCCGCCAGCAAUUGGGACCGCGAGGGCUGGAUCACCCUGCUCACUCGCAUGGCCACCCGAGGAUCCCACGGGGAGACUACAGUCAAGUCCGAGUCUGGACAGUCCAUGUCGCUCGCUGACGCGAUCCGAGAGCGCCUGUUCCAGUACAUCAUAGAGGACUUCCGGAGGCGGAUGGAUGUCGCGGUCGCCUGGCUCAACGAGGAGUGGUACAACGACAAGGUCAUGGCUAGUGGUGGGUUUACGAGAGAUCAGCAGUACCCCAAAUGGAUGAUGAAGACUAUGGAUGCCAUCUUUCCCUUCUUGGAGGCGAGGGAUAGGCUGUUCAUGAGGAUGCUGUCGGAGAUUCCCGAGAUCCCGAAGGAGUUGCUCGAUAAGGUCAAGAUCCUCUGCUUGGAUCCGGAUAGGGCCACCUUGGGAGUGCAGAUGUUGCAGUACCUCGCUAUGUUUCGCCCACCUGUCCGUGAGAUGUGUGUUGACGUCUUGGAGGAUCUCUGGAGAAACCACGUGGACCUCCGUCCCCAGGUUCAGAAGCUGGUCAACAAGUUCCGUCCCGAAGUUCUGACCGAAAACAUCAAGACCGAGACUUCUGCCGACACCAAUAUGGUUGUCAACGGCAGUGUUGCCACUCCCGACGCAUAGAUCUAGAGUGGAUGACGAGGGCGGACUGGGUUGUGUUUCCAUAUUCUACUUUGCUUCACAUCGCCAGCUUGCAGGCAAUUUGAUGUUGUUUCUUUUUUCUCUUUUCUCUGGCUCUUUGUACAAUGUGCUAUCUUUCCACUUUUUUACGGGCCUAUUUGUUUGUCAACGCGGCCAACUGGUAGGAUGCUGUAGGCUUCAUAUUGCUAUUUUCUUCUCUUUGUUUUCCACCGAGGAUACUUACUGCUUCAUAUCUUAUUGUACCUAUGAUGAUGAUUAAAUGUUCCAUACCAUCCAGC